AUGAUGAUAAUUUGCAUCGAGGUGCCUGGGCAGGGAACCGCUAUUGGUGAAUAUACCGAGGACUUGCCGGAAUGGCUGCUCUCCGCGGUGGAGUCGGAUGAAUUAGGCGAGACGGCCCAGAAGCUCGACGGCCAAGACUCCAGCAAUAACGAGGGCAGCGACAUAGACUUGUACGAUAUCGCAAGCCAGAACUGGUCCUGCGACUCGAACAUAUGGCGUCCAUUGCGAGGAGAUUCAUAUCGUAGAAGGAAAAUGGCGGGUUACGAAUUGAAGUUAUACCGGAACUUGAUCAAGCCUCACUGCGUCUACGAUGGCAGAUGGGUCCUUUGCAACUUAUCGAAACUCCAAUAUGUUCGCGCUGACAUAGUGAUGGAGAACGUAGGCAACGCUCUCCACCUCGGAGACAUUCUUCUGUGCCAGAUUGGCUGGUCAACCGGUUCUUACAUAGGGCCGCAGUACGAGGGCAGUCUGCACGAUGGUGCUUGGGCAGGUGAUCGCUUUCAUAUAACGACCAUGGAUGUUGUCAACGGAUCUUUGAGGAAGAUGGGAGAGUGGCAAGACGUGACGAGGGAUCUCAUGGAGCGGGUUGUAGGAUUGUGGAGAGCGGUGUACGGUCCCGAAUGGCCUGAGGCAAAGGAUUAG